AUGACUGACUCAAUACCAUCCCUACAACUACCAUCAUCAUCACCAUCACCACCGCCACCAUUAUCAUCAUCACCACCACCACCACCAUCACUACAUUACCAUCAUUAUCAUCAUCGUCAUCUAACAAUAGUAUGGAACAGAACUGUCUUGCGUGGCUUAGUUCUUAUCACUCUUAUCAGUGCAUCCAAUUACUUUUUGUAUUAA